GAAAAGGCAUCUCAUCGUCUUUGCAUUUAACUGUUAACAGUCCCAACAAUCCCCAGCUCUCUGUAUGAACGUCCUGCUCUUUCCACUCCCAUUUAUGAAUCCUGUCCCCUGUUUCUUCCCAUUAUAGGAUACCCAUUGCGCCAUUCUAGGCCCCAAAUCUCUGAAUCUUCAUCUCCAACCCUUCAUUUCUCACGGAAUCCAAUACCCAUCCUAUCCCAAUUGCAAAUUCAGGCACUCGAACCGCUAAAUUGAGACGGGGAAACCAAAAACUAUGAUGAAGAUUCGAUUCCAUGUGGCGAGUAAGCGGCAAUUUCCUCAGAUCUUCUGUUUCUUCCAGAAUUAAGAGGUUUGUGUAAUCCCUAGCACCGCCUAUUUCCGCAAUGCAUGGCUACAGCCGCUUGAGCACUUCGCGUUCCAGUCUCUCGCAGUCGCCACCGUCAUCGCCUCGGUAUCGGCAACUAAGGAGUCUGAGUAGCAGUGAUAGUGGUAGAGGUACCGUUGGUUUUAGUGUUCGUGACCCGAAGCAGAGCAGCGGCAGCAUUAUGGAGAAAUUGGUUUUUCUGAUUUUGUCGGCGGUGUUCAGAAGGAAAGGGCUACUUCUGUUUGCUCCUUUGUUGUAUAUUUCGAUGAUGUUAUUGUAUAUGGGGUCUGUGAAUUUCGACGUUUCCAUUUCCAAUCUCAAAACCAGGGUUGUUUCAGUUAAUAAACGCCCUCCGCCAGGGUCUGUGUAUAUGAGUUCUCAGGUUUUUGAGAAGCUCUGGCCGUUCAUGGAAGUUGAGACACGAAAUAGCUCCACACAUGCGUUGUCAACUGCAUGGAACUCGAGAGUGCACCAUGUUUGGAAACCAUGUAUCAAUCGAAGCACUUUGACAGAGUUGCCAAACUCGAAUGGUUUUCUUAUCAUUGAAGCAAAUGGCGGGUUAAAUCAGCAAAGGUUGUCGAUAUGUGAUGCAGUUGCAGUGGCUGGACUACUGAAUGCUUCUCUUGUCAUUCCAAUAUUUCAUUUGAAUAGUGUUUGGCGAGAUUCAAGCAAAUUCGGUGAUAUUUUCGAUGAAGAGUUUUUCAUACAAGCACUAAGCAAGCAUGUUAAUAUUGUGAGAGAGCUCCCAGCUGAUGUACUGCAGCAGUAUGAUAACAAUAUAAGCAGUAUUGUGAACUUGAGAGUGAAAGCAUGGUCAAGCCCAAUGUACUAUUUGCAUAAAGUCCUUCCGAAGCUUUUGCAAUUGAGGGCUGUGAGGAUCGCCCCGUUCUCCAAUCGGUUGGCUCAUGGAGUUCCUCCAGAUGUUCAAGCACUAAGAUGCUUAGCCAAUUUUGAAGCUUUGAGGUUUGCAGAAUCUAUAAGAACGUUGGCCGACCUCAUGGUUGGUCGAAUGAUAAAAAAAAGCUCUCAGAGUGGAGGAAAAUAUGUUUCUGUGCAUCUUCGUUUCGAAGAGGAUAUGGUUGCAUUUUCGUGCUGUGAAUACGAUGGUGGUGAAGAAGAGAAGCACGAGAUGGACCUGGCUAGAGAAAGGAGCUGGAGAGGAAAAUUCAGAAGAAGAGGGAGAGUCAUAAGGCCUGGUGCUAAUAGGGUGGAUGGCAAAUGCCCUUUAACCCCACUUGAGGUCGGAAUGAUGCUUAGAGGAAUGGGUUUUGAUAAUACAACUGUCAUAUAUGUUGCAGCAGGAAAGAUUUAUAAAGCAGAAAAGUAUAUGGCUCCACUUAAGCAGAUGUUUCCACGUUUAGAAACGAAAGAUACUAUAGCUACUAAGGAAGAACUUGCUCCCUUCAAGGGCCACUCUUCCAGAUUGGCUGCUCUUGAUUACACAGUAUGUCUUCAUAGUGAAGUCUUUGUCACAACUCAGGGUGGAAAUUUCCCCCACUUUUUGAUGGGUCAUAGGCGCUAUAUUUAUGCCGGACAUGCAAAGACAGUCAAACCAGAUAAGAGGAAACUAGCAUUAACUUUUGAUGAUCCUAACAUACGAUGGAAAAACUUCGCGCAACAAAUGCAAGACAUGCUUCGCCACAACGACCUAAAGGGAAUGGAAAUGAAAAAGUCGAGCGGAUCGUUGUACACAUUUCCCAUGCCAGAUUGCAUGUGCAAAGUACCAAAGACGAAGAACAAUGGGUAAUCUUUUGGACAUACAGACAGAUUUUUUUUGGUCUCCAAAGGUACACAAUUUACUUAUACCUAUAAUUUUUGCAUUGUAUUAUUAUGCAAUUGGAACGCAUAAAUAUUCUUUGAUGUAAGUGGAGAGGAUAGUUUUGUAGGCUGUGAUUUUGUGGGGUCAUUUUAGCUGCUGGAAUUGGUUCACUGACACAAACAUUCAUUGUAUAUGCAAAAAAAAACAUAACAUUCUGAUGUCAAAUGAUUUGAAGAUAUUGUUCUUUUUA